CAAACAAAGUUGGCAAAUGAUGAAUGGAAAUAGAAUAGAAAAAACUAUGAGUGGCGUUCCCCAAGAAUAUAGCAAGCUCAAACAUGACGAUUCACCAGAUCUUUCUGUCCCAUCAACGACCGCUUUGUCGUAUUCAUCAUCCCCCGAGUCUUUGGAAGAAGAAGGAGAAGAGGAAGAAGUUUCCAAACGUGACUCUGUGCGACGAACUUUGUUCGAUAUGAGCAAAGAUGUUGACUCCCCAAUGACCAGUAUCGUCAAAGCAGCAAUGUUUGCAUCGUCUCCUAAUAUCACUUCUCCUACCCGCAAAGCAGCUCGGAGCCCAGAUGGAAACCUGAAUGGAGUCGCGGAUACUGGCUCAACUACAUCCUCUCAAACAACUGCCAUUCCCGCUUGGAAUCUCAGCAUGAAAGAUGCAGCAGAAAAGAAUGUAGAAGUACCACUGAACCACUUUAUGUCAUCCCAACCUAUCUCUUUAUUGACCUCGCCGAUAUCAUUCGCUUCCGAUGAAACCCAGACCCCUUCUUCACCAUCAUCGUCAUCAUCGUCAUCAUCGUCAUCUGCACCAGUUCGAUCAGAUCCACUAGACGGAAAGGAAUCGCAGUGGACCAAUACACGAAAAAAUGGGAACUUUAAAAAGAACAAUGAUGUCGAAGCUGAACAGAGAAAGCAGCCUGCGAUAAUCAUGGAAGACCCACCUGAAGAACCUACCUCCUGCAAUGCAGCAUUAAAUCUGACGCCGGUGCAACUUGCAGAGAUAUUCCUUGCUUUUGGUCAGUCGGCACGUCAACGUUAUCAAGGCUCGGAACAAACGGAAAAGGCAACCACUGCAACAGACCCCGAAAUAUUUUCUCCUAUAGAAGUUGCAGAAUCUACGUCAGAUGACACUGUUAUCGAUUCACCGCCGCCUAUCAUGAAGUCUUCUCAUUUUAGUGACAGUAGCAAUGAAAGUGAGAAGACCCAAUACAAAAAUGCGCUUUCAAGGGUCCGAAUAUUAGAGGGUGAACUCGAUGUCUUGAAGAUUGGUAGUCAGCGCGAUGCUCAAAAAAUUUUGAGUCUCAGACAGGCUGUAGACACUCAGAAACAAUUGAAUGCAUUAAAAGAACUAGAAAUAGCGGAGAAGGAAACAGAGAUUGAAACUUUGGAAGAACGGAUUAAAACGCUUCAAAAAGAGCAAGAAGGUCAUAUUGAAAAAGAGACAGAAUUAAUCGAGACGAUCGAGAUUCUGAAGAACGAACUCGAUAAGAUUACGUCUUUAAAGUCGGUACCCUCUGAUGAAAUCGAGCAUCCCACAUCUGAGUCGACACCGAGAUCUGACAGGAUCGACAGUGAUGAAAGUGCUGCGGAAAUAAAAUUGAAAGCAUCUCGAAUCAAAGAGCAGCAGGAUCGAAUAAUAGAACUUGAAAACGCCCUGAAAGAAAAAAGACACGAAAAUUUCGACUUAAUGACUCAAAUCGAUUGGCUCAAUUGCCAACAAAGAAAAGAAUCGCAAAACGAUGUUGAUAUUCAAAAUGUUGACGCAAAAGAAACUCCAGAGUUUGAAGGUUCUCCCUCAAUCGAAGUGGAAAGUGUCCUCAAGGACAUCAUGAAACGCCUUGAAGCCAUGGAAAACCAAAAAAAGGAAAGACAAGUAGACGAUACGGAAAAGCCAGGAAAUGGCGAACAGCCUCGGAGAGUCGAGUCGGAACAUAAUGGUGUCAAAGUCAACGUCUCUGAAGACCCAAACGCAAUCGAAGCCAUGGCUAUGAGAGGAAAACUUGAUCGUAGUAAUGGUUCAGAAAACCAAUUGUCCUGGUGCUGUGAUUGGAGUUUAGCUGCGGAGUAAAUGGUUCGAAUGUCAAUGUUCACUAGGAAGAGUUGAUCAGAGUUUCCAAAUCGCUGUGCAGACAAGAUUUAUC